AUGCUCAUUCGUAUGCGUCGUGAGGUUGCUGUAGAUGAUCCAUCAUCUUCAUUAUCGAUUUCUCAAAGUGUAGAUUCACUUAUCAUAAUCGAUAGAUCGGUUGACCUCAUAACACCUUUAUGUACUCAAUUGACCUAUGAAGGAUUGAUAGAUGAAGUAUUUGGUAUCAGAGCCUCACAUGUGGAAGUGGAUUCUUCGAUCGUGGGACCUGCACCAACAACUACAGUAACGUCUACAACUACUAGCACUCCUUCUCAGUCACAACCACCUAUUCAACCUCAGUCAAAAAAAAAAAAAAUUGCUCUCAAUUCUGGUGAUAAAUUAUUUGCCCAAUUAAGAGAUACAAAUUUCGCAGUAGUGGGAGGUGUUCUUAACAGAGUUGCUAAAAGAAUAAACGAAGAUUAUGAGGAAAGAAAAAAAGCUAAAACUAUGAUACAAAUUCGUGAAUUCACUAACAGGCUGGGUGGUCUACAAUUAGAACAUCAAUCUUUAAAAAUUCAUACUGGUAUAGCUGAAGAGAUAAUGGCGCAUACUGUUACACCAGAAUUCAAUAAAGCCCUAGAGGUGCAACAAAAUUUGGUUGCCGGUAUAGACGUUAACACACAAAAUGAACACAUAGAGGAAAUGAUCAAUCGGCAGGUUCCAAUUACUCAAGUUUUACGAUUAUUAUGUCUACAAAGUCUCGUAAACGGUGGAUUGAAGCAAAAGAGUAUCGAAUUUUUCAAAAAAGAAAUACUACAGACAUACGGGUUCGAACACAUUCAAACGUUACUGAAUCUUGAACGUCUUAACAUGCUCUGUAAACAAUCGUCUAGUCGCAAUCCAUAUGCUUCUAUUCGUAAAAUUUUACGAUUAAUUGUGGAUGAAGUUGAAGAACAUAAUCCUCAGGAUAUAGCAUAUGUAUAUUCUGGAUAUGCUCCUUUAAGUGUACGUUUGAUACAAUGCGCGACGACCAAGAGUGGAUCACCCUCAACUGGCAAUGGGUGGAAAGGAUAUGAAGAUGUGUUGAGAAUGUUACCAGGUAAAACUUUCGAUGAAGUACAGAAGCCAGAGGAAGGAGCAAUACGUUCCAAAACACAACAAGAUGAUGGUAUAAUUUUUACUUUACUCUAUUCCAUUGUUCAGAGCGAGGCGGAGUACUUGCAUUUUGCUUCGGACAACAAUUUCUAUUUUUCUAGUUUAUUACAAACUGCUAAUGAUGCAUUUAUUAAAAUUAUUUUAG